AUGGUUGAGCGAUCACGGAUCUCUCUUGAGGCAAUUAAGUACCUGGUAAUGGAUGAGGCUGACAGAAUGCUGGAUAUGGGGUUUGAGCCUCAGAUAAGAAAGAUAGUUGACAUGAUGAAUAUGCCAAAAAAGUCUGUAAGACAAACUAUGCUCUUCAGUGCAACUUUCCCACCUGAAAUACAGAGGCUGGCUUCUGAUUUCUUGUACAAUUACAUAUUUGUUACUGUCGGGAGGGUUGGGUCAAGCACUGACCUGAUUGAGCAGAAAAUUGAGUUUGUUAAUGAUGGGGAGAAAAGAGGCUUCCUGAUAGAUCUUUUGCAGAAGCAAUCUGUUGGUGUGGCCAAUAGCAAGCAACCCCUAACAUUGGUCUUUGUGGAGACGAAGCGGAAGCUGAUUCACUGCGGCAUUGUCUACAGACAAAGGUUUCCCUGGCUACAGCAAUCCAUGGCCGUGCUACGGAGGGUCCAGCUACGGAGGAAGAGGCCGAAGGCGGCGGAGGGUUUGGCGGAAGAGACUACCGCCCGCAGCAGUGAUUAUGCCUAUGGUGGCGAAGGUGGUGGCUAUUCCAGCCGUGGUGGCCGCUACUCUGGUGGUGGUGGUUAUUCCAGCCGCAGUGGUGGCUACUCUGGUGGCAGCAGCAGCUACUCUCUGGCGGCGGUUCUCGUGGUGGUGGCGGAAACUCUAGUGGUGGUGGUGGCGGUGGAGAUAUUGGCUGUAACGGUGGCAUGUGACACUGCUGUUUUGCUAUUCAAUCCAAGAGCUGUCCAGGACUUGGUACUCUUGCGUCAGUGGUGGGAGUGUUAUGACGAUGGGAACCCACUUGGUGGUUGA